UUUUUUUGCCACGCUGCCACUCGAGCACGAGGCUGCUCGACCCUGAAGAAAACACACGCCGCGAGCGUAGCGCGGCAGGCCCGAGCUGAGAUGGCACAAGCCAUGGCGUCCAUGACCGGCCUUUCGCAGGGCGUGCUGCCCGGCAGACGCGCCGCCAACAGGGCCAGGACGGCCGUCAGGGCGUCGGCCGAGGGCGAGACCGCCGCCCAGGCGGGCCGCCGCGCCGUGCUCGGGCUGGUGGCGACCGGGAUCGUCGGCGGGGCGUUCUCGCAGGCAGUGCACGCCGAGACCGUCAAGACCAUCAAGAUCGGAGCCCCGCCGCUGCCCUCCGGUGGACUCCCCGGGACUGAGAACUCUGACCAGGCGAGGGACUUCGGGCUCCCCUUGAAGGAGCGGUUCUACCUGCAGCCGCUGCCGCCGGCGGAAGCCGCAGCGAGGGCCAAGUCGUCGGCGCAGGACAUCAUCAACCUCAAGCCGCUCAUCGACAAGAAGGCGUGGCCGUACGUCCAGAACGACCUCCGCCUCAGGGCCUCCUACCUGCGCUAUGACCUCAACACCGUCAUCGCCUCCAAGCCCAAGGACGAGAAGAAGAGCCUCAAGGAACUCAUCGGCAAGCUCUUCAGCACCAUUGACGAUCUUGACCAUGCGGCGAAGAUCAAGAGCCCCUCGGAGGCUGAGAAAUACUAUGCAGAGACCAAAUCUGUUCUCGGCGAUGUCCUCGCCAAGCUAGGCUAGAAUGGAACGAGCAUUAUGGACUUGUACCUUCAGCCUUUUGUGUUUAUUCAUAUGGAACCGGCAAUGUACCAUUCCUGUUGAUAUUAUGUCAGCAAGCAUGAAGCACUUGACUAUGAUUCUA